AUGAGUGCGCUAAUCUGGGCUUACGACAGUCAUGAAAAUGAACUCGAUCCAGAACUCAAAGCAGCAGCAGAGUUUCGAGCCAACGAGACGGGAGAGCCCAGUGAAGCGGAGCAAACGGAACCAAUUCUACUGCGCAACCUGUUAACGGACGAUCAGAUUGAUGAUAUUUUGCAACAAGCGUCUGUGGAUGGGGUGUGGCCUCGGGGAGUGUCGUCGUCGUCGUCGUCGGCGGCAUCAUUGCCUGUUGACACGAUAAUAGAAGCAUCACCCCCGCCUUGUCACCAGCAUCGGUUUGUCGAGUGUCUCCAAAAUGACGACGACAUGACGAAAAAGACUCUGAAUAGCGACCUCCAAUCCGUGCCACACCAUCUUGCUUGGACGGACGAACACGUGGUAUUGUACAUGCACAUGAACGACCACUGGUUUGUGCGAGCUUUUGGCACACCGUGGUCGAUCAUCCUUGGCGGAAUGGAAAUCCAACCGUGGAUGGAAGGUGUGGCUCCGGUUCUGGACGAACAAUGGAUCGGGUCGGAUGAUUCCAUGAAAUUGGUACGCUGUGUGGAGUUGCAUCAUUAUUCUGCCGGUGGUGGUCUAGUGACACCAGGACAUCGUGAUUGGGGGUCAGACCGAACCAUUAGUGUCCUGCUGUCGGAUCCUGACGAUGUGGCGGGUGGUGACUUUGUCACUUAUGAGAGCGAUGGCACUCCAGUGGCCCAUCCAAUGAGGAGGGGCGAUGCCAUUCUGUUUCAAUCAGAAAAGCUUCAUAACAUCAGCACCAUUACCGCGGGUGUAAGGCAGUCGCUGGUGGUGGAGUUGUGGCCGUCCAAACGUUACUAG